UGCCUUUGAACAGGUGCCCAUUUCCAUAGAGACACAACAGACACAUCAUAGAGAAACACAACAGAGCUAUUUCACACAGAUCUAGUCCAGGACAGGUAAAGAAUGAGGGUUAUUGUUGCUCUGCUGGUGUUGCUGUGCUUGGGUCUGACUGGGGCAGAGAUACAGAACAUAGUCACAGAGAAUCAGAUCAGUUCAGAGACACAGAACACAGUCACAGAAAAUGAGAUCAGUUCAGAGACACAGAACAUAGUCACAGAGAAUGAGAUCAGUUCAGAGACACAGAACACAGUCACAGAAAAUGAGAUCAGUUCAGAGACACAGAACAUAGUCACAGAGAAUGAGAUCAGUUCAGAGAUACAACAUGUUGAGGUACAGAGGGUUAAGAGUGAGGACCUAGGAGACUCGGGGAGAAGCUGCCAGCCUGACAUGUGUUCCUUGCUGAUGGAGAUUGGAGCUAUAAAGUCUACAGUGGCUAACCUACAGACAGAGAAAGAAGUUCAAAGAUCCCAGCUGAGCACCACAGUGACUGAGCUGAAAAACGUGGAGGGUAGACUGAGCACCACAGAGACUGAGCUGAGAAAGUUGGAGGGUAGACUGAGCACCACAGUGACUGAGCUGAGAAACGUGGAGGGUAGACUGAGCACCACAGUGACUGAGCUGAGAAAUGUGGAGGGUAGACUGAGUGUCAGUGAGAGCCAGGUGGAGGAGCUGAAGGAGAAUGCAGUCAAACAAAAGGUGGCAUUCUCGGCUGGCCAUGGAGCUGGCGCGAACUACGGACCCUUCAACACAAUGACGACCCUGGUCUACAGAAAGGUGUUCACCAGCAUUGGCAACGCUUACAGCAAGAAUACAGGUAUCUUUACAGCACCAGUGCGUGGAGUCUACCAUUUUGCUUACUAUCAUCACUAUUAUAACAGCAAAGAUUCUCAUGCAUCCCUGUUUAAGAAUGAGCAAAAUCUUGUAACUAUUGCUGGUAGUAUAGACAAUGGCAACGCCAUGGGAUCUAAUGGCAUCACAGCAUUGUUGGAGAAGGGAGAUGAGGUCUAUGUCCGUCUAUGGGCAGGUUCAUGGCUCUUUGACAAUAAUUCAAAUUUCAGCAACUUCAAUGGCAUUCUGCUAUUCACUCAGUAAUCAUCACAGGAACUGAAAACAAGGUGUAUUAUUGAAAGUUUAGUCACUAAUGGACUAGUCUCAUGUUGCUAAGUACGUGAAAAGACGGGAGGCCGAGGCAAAUAUCGGACAAAUUGUACAUACUGCAAUUGUAUUUACACUGUGAUUUGUUCAAACUGUCCAGAUGUAAGUAAACUUUAGAGGGAAAUGCUGAUAUCAAACUAAAUUACGGUGUGAUAGUUGAUAAAAAUAAACAGGAUCUGACGGUGUGCCUCCUUGUCCCUAAAGCAGAUAUACUGACCAGGACAAGGGACAAGUACUGUAAAUUAGCGUAAGCUAUAAGGUGUAAUGAUGCAAUGCAUACGACUGUUGACUUUUCAAUAUUUCAAUUAUUUAAUUGUAUCUAUCCCAAUUUAAUAAAAUGAAAUAAAUAUUUA